AUUCUGAUAACCCAGGCUAUUUAUUGACUUCGUACUCUUAGUCAAUAACAAGCGAUUGACAAUGUCACGUUUAUUACUACGAAAAGGUGGUUGCCAUAUUUCCCAAUUCCAGAUGACGAGACACUUAGUGACCGAUCCGAAGUAUGGAUUUUUAAAACAAUUAGGUAUAAAUGUCGAAAAUCCCGGUCUCUAUGACGGGAGAUGGGGUGGAUCUGGCAAGUUAGUAGAAUCAAUAUCGCCGGCGACCGGUAAAGUGAUAGCAAAGGUUCGCGAGUCCACGCCGCAAGAAGCUAGCAAUGCUAUAACAGAAGCACGUAAAGCGUGGCCACAAUGGGCAUCCAUACCGAUGCCAGCCAGGGGAGAUAUCGUACGGCAAAUUGGGGACGAGCUCAGAAGACAUUUGGAGCCGUUGGGACGCUUGGUAUCCUUAGAAAUGGGCAAGAUAUUGCCAGAAGGCAUAGGCGAGGUCCAGGAAUUUAUCGACAUAUGUGAUUAUGCGGUCGGCUUGUCACGAACAUUACCCGGUAGCAUAUUUCCAUCGGAGAGAAAGAACCACGCGCUACUGGAGAAGUGGAAUCCUUUGGGCGUAAUCGGCGUUAUCUCUGCAUUCAAUUUUCCUAUAGCAGUAUACGGCUGGAACAGCGCUAUCGCUUUGGUCUGCGGUAACACCGUCGUCUGGAAAGAGGCGUCGAGUACACCUUUGAUAGCCAUCGCGACCACCAAGAUAAUCGCGAGCGUCUUGGAGCGCAAUGGUAUCCCAGGUUCCGUCGCAUCCUUGAUCACGGGUGGACCAGAUGUCGGAGAGACUCUGGUGAACGACAAACGGGUACCUCUCAUUUCGUUCACCGGAAGUACGAACGUAGGAAGACAAGUUGCUCUGAAGAUUCAGGAAAGAUUUGGAAGAUCUCUGCUGGAGCUUGGUGGUAACAACGCAUUAAUUGUCGCACAGGAUGCUGAUUUAGAAAUGGCAGUGAGAGCAGCAGUCUUCUCGUGCGUUGGAACAGCUGGACAAAGAUGUACCACUACCAGAAGAUUAAUAUUGCAUAAGAAGAUAAAGGACGAAUUUAUAGGGAAAUUAAAAACGGCAUAUAAAAGCAUAAUGGACCGAGUCGGAGAUCCAAUGGAUGAUGGUGUGCUGUAUGGACCGUUGCACAAUCAGCCAGCAGUUGACGCAUAUAAAGCAGCAAUUCAGAAAGCUGUAGAAGCCGGUGGCACGAUAGAAUUCGGUGGAAAGCAAAUACAGCGACCCGGUUUCUAUGUCGAACCAACGAUCAUCUCGGGUUUACCGGCUGGAGCUGAGAUAGUGCAACAGGAAACUUUCGCUCCAAUCGUUUACAUCUUAGAAGUAAACUCUCUGGAGGAGGCUAUCGAUUUUAACAACGGAGUUGAGCAAGGAUUGAGCAGUAGUCUCUUUACUAAAAGUAUUGGAAAUGUAUUUCAGUGGAUUGGCCCUCAUGGAUCAGAUUGUGGAAUAGUCAAUGUCAACAUCGGUACUAGCGGUGCCGAGAUAGGCGGCGCGUUUGGUGGUGAAAAGGCCACGGGCGGAGGCCGUGAGAGUGGAAGCGAUGCGUGGAAACAUUACAUGCGACGUGCCACCGUCACGAUCAAUUACGGAAACGAGCUACCUUUGGCUCAGGGCAUCAAAUUCGAAUAAAUAAAAAACAGGC